AUGUAUCUAUUCAGUACUAAAAAGACAUCAUUCACAUGUCAGAAUACUGGCCAGUAUUCAAAGAAGUGCAAAAACAUAAGUGUUAAUAAUAAGAAAAUUCAUGAUCUAUCUAUCUAUCUAUCUAUCUAUCUAUCUAUCUAUCUAUCUAUCUAUCCUUUGUUCAUAGUUGUCUGUCUCUCUAUCUAUUUCAACCCGUUCCUACUUAGCUUUUUCUUUAUCAAUCCAAAUCUGUUCAUAUACAAUAUCGACAUCUCUUUCUUUCUUUUCUUUCUUUCUUUCUUUCUUUCUUUCUUUCUUUCUUUCUUUCACUUACACGUGUUUACACGCAUGCGUGUGUUAAUGUGCGGAGAAUUGACACUAAAUUGUUUAAACGGGACAGACAAGACUUUUUCACCGUUCUUUCUUUCUUUCUUUCUUUCUUUCUUUCUUUCUUUCUUUCUUUCUUUCUUUCUAUCUGCAUGA